AUGAACGCCGACGCCAGUAUCAGUUCAAAACGCCACCAUAUCGUCGCUACCGGAUUCGGUCCGUUUUCGAGUGUGAAGUUUAACCCAUCGUGGGAUGCGCUUCAGCACCUGGAAUCGCAUGGUCAAAUGAAAGGCGUUUUCUUGCAUACCAUUCUCGUUCCUGUCUGCUACUUCGACGCUGACAUGCACGUCAAUCUUAUAUGGCGCAGGUGUCCCAGCGGAGAAUCGUGCUGCGUUGGUGGAUGCUCCGUUCUCAGCACUUUGAUCGACGUGCAGGCUCUUGCUGAUUCGCUUAACAAAAUUCCGGAUUUGAAAUUGAAAUUUGAGGUUUCCAAGGAUCCGGGCACGUAUCUUUGCGGCUAUAUUUACUAUCAGUCGCUGAGAGAGAAUCCAGCACGAACGCUUUUCGUCCAUGUGCCGUUCGUCAGCGAAGAUGCGAGUCUAGAAGACAUUGCGGCUGCUUUGAAAGCGCUUUUGGAAACUGUGGCCAACGACUAUUUGGAAAAGGUAUUUAUGAUCUAG